UCGGGGCUGGCUCGGGGGCGCGGGGCGGGGGAGGGGGACGCCGACUGAAGCAUGGCGCUGAGUCAAGAGUCGUCUGCGCCUCCCGGCUCACAGACACUCCUGGACAACCUGCUCCAGAACCUUUAUGACUUCGGGGAGCUGGAAGAUGAAGCAGAACAGAAAAGAUUGAGAAAGAAAAACGAAAACAAAAAGAGAGAUACAGAGGCUUCAGCGACCGUGGCAGCAGAGGCUGGCCCUCCGCGGGAGUGUCCUGCUAGAGGCCAGCGGAAGAGCGCCUCCAGCUUCUUUCAGGAACUCAGAGAAGAGAUGCAAUGUGCUUCCGCUGAAGGAAACGCGAGUGAUUUUCCUUCAGGACUCAAAGCCUCUUCUGUUAUAGGAUCCUUUCCCUCCAGGAAGAACAAAGGGGAACAAGUAGAAGUGGUAGAAUUUCACAGCAGAAAUAAAAAAAGGAAACUGAAGCUAGAUCAAGAUGAGAACACCAAGGCCAAAACCAGUAUUGAGAAAGAUGUGGAUAUACAAGAAUUUAACUUAGAAAAGGCUCGUUUGGAAGUCCAUCGAUUUGGGAUCACUGGUUAUGGAAAAGGAAAGGAAAGAGUUCUGGAGCAGGAACGUGCCAUUAUGCUGGGUGCUAAGGCUCCCAAAAAGAGUUAUGUAAAUUAUAAGGUUUUGCAGGAGCAAAUCAGAGAGAAAAAGGCAGCCAAGGAAGAAGAAAAGAGAACGACCAAGGACACAGAUAUUUUCAAGAAAAAGAAGAGGAAAGGGCAGGAAGACAGGAAGUCCAAAAAGAAGAAAUCAGCUCCUAGUAUUUUGUCAAAUGUUGGACAGGUUGGAAAAUUCAAAAAUGGAACGUUGAUUCUAAGUCAAGUUGACAUCAAGAAAAUUAAUUCUUCUAGAGUGGCAAAAUAAAGUACUUUAUACAAUAAAGAGUAGAAUGGGAAGACUAUACAAAAACUUGGACCCUCUACAAGGUUCCACAGUUCUUAUUUUAUACUUCAUAGACUCUUCUUCAUUUUACAAAAAAAUGUCAAAUGGAAGAAAACUUUCUGGUUACUAAAAUGUUUUAUGGUAACUAUGUUGAGCCAGCUGCAGUGUGAAAGGAACCUGUUGAAAAGAAUGUUUAAUUAACUGCUGCAAGACUCACUCAAGUUUCACGCUUGUGAUAAGAUUUCCAUCAUUAUGUUAAUAGCUUUAAAUUGUCUGUUUAUUUUCUAAAAAAAUAAUCUAAUAAUACAGUAUCGUGAAAGAACUAAGGAUGUAAUAAUUUUUCAGUUUCAUGUUAUAAGUAGUUUAAUUUUUUACACUACCAGUUGUAUAAAAUCUACUUUGUAAGAAGCUUUGUAAAUGAAAUACAACUUUCUAUUUUGUAUGACUGACAAAAAAAAAACUACAACAGCAUUUAACUCAUUUAUUUUUUAAAAAUUUGAAUGGGAAAUGCCAGGUACACCUGUCUUCAGGCCAAGAACUCUGGGGUCUUCUCAUUACAGACUCACAAUUGAAUCUUGAAAGAAAUCAUCUAGCUGCAAAAAUUCACGUACAAUUAUCUCCCAGCUGAAAACCCUGGGGUACCCUCUGUCUCCGGCUAAAAAGUCUGGGGUGCCUUAAAAAGGGGUAGGCGCCCAGCUCUUUGCUCUGCCACGGCCCAGGCAGCCACACUCAUACCCCACGGCUGCCUCAUGACCACAGCCGGACUCCACUGCCUCUCAUCUGAUCUUCACUGUCACUGUCUCCCAUUGCUCAUCGGUUUGUUCGAGCGGGCACCAGUAACUUCUCUCAUUGAGAGACUUAUUGUUACUGUUUUUGGCAUAUCCGGUACGCACGGGUAGCUUGCCAGGCUCUGCCGUUUGUUAUGAAAUGAAAACCCGCUGAAAAUGCUGCAUAAAAGUAUCCUUAAAAGAAAGAGUGUGGAGGUUGUUGUAUUUCACCCAGGAGCCAUUAAACCCUUCUAUAAGAGAUCACUAACAUGUUGUUAAAGGUUGUAAAGUUGAAUUUUUUUUUUUUUUUUUUUUUUUUUUUUUGCUUUUUGGGUCACACCCGGCAAUGCACAGGGGUCAUUCCUGGCUCAUGCACUCAGGAAUUACUCCUGGCGGUGCUCAGGGGACCAAUGGAAUGCUGGGAUUCGAACCCGGGUUGGCCGCGUGCAAGGCAAACGCCCUACCCGCUGUACUAUCACUCCAGCCCCAAGUUGAAUAUUUUUAAUAUUUUAUCUUUCUACUGUACUUGACUAUAGUUGAAGAAGUCUUUCCUGGGACAGGGAGUUCUUUGGGGACUUUAUUCCCUUCAAGCUUGCCAGGCCCUGACGUGGGGGCUCGAUACUGUUGGUAGCUUGCCGGGCUCUCCAUGAGGGGCAAAGGAAUCAAACUCAGGUCGGCCGCGUGAAAGGCUAAUGCACAACCGCUGGGUGAUGUCAAGUUGCCAAAAAUUCCAGGUAUACUGGACUUCUAACAACUCUGGAGUGUUACUGGAGUGGGGGCAGACAGCCUAACCCAUUCCCCGUACUUCCUAAAGCCCAGCAGCCAUGCCUACUUCCUACAGUUUCUACCAUGUAAACUCAUGGCCCAGUUAAAUAUCUUGGAGUUUCUGUGUUAGUGCAGUCACUUUGGCGGCCGUGCAAUACCUCCAAAUUCUACAACACUAACAUCCCAGUAGGAACACACCAGAUUCGAUGGGAAAGUAACAUGGAAGUCAUCUAAACUCAAUAAACAAAAACAUUAAUACAGAAGGCUCAACUAGCAACAAUGACUAAGUAAACCCUCAGACAGGGCUUAAUGAAUGCAUGGUGAAAUAAAACAAUUUUCUUCUACUGAAGUAUUUUUUAAUAAUUGCAUUAGCCAUUUAGUUGUAACAAGCAAAAUUAUUUUGUGCCUGCGAAGGGGGCGGACUUGGAGGACGAUUGGGGAAACGGGGACAGUGGUGGAGGGAAGGUCACAUUGGGGGUAGGACUGGUGCUGGAAUAUUGAAUGUCUGUAAAAAAGUACAUCGUAAAUAACUUUGUAAAAUAUGAUGUUCAAAUAAAAGGAAAAAGAUCUUUAAAAAAAAAUGAAUGGGACAGGGGACUCUUACCAACUGCAUCACUGAUUCAAUACACAAGGUUUGUCAUGCCAGGAAUUACCUGGUCCAUCCCCACGGUGCUCAGGGCCUCCAGGGUUACCCCAGGUGAUGCUUGGGGGACUAUGUGAUUAAUGUAUCUGGAUUUCUUAAUGUUUAUAGCAAAGUUAAAAGUACAGUUUUAAAAAAAGAGAGAGAGAGAGAUACUCUCACUAGCUUGCUGGGCUCUCCGAGAGGGGCGGAAGGAAAUAAAUAAUUUUUUUUAAUAAAAUUUUUUUUUAAAA